AUGACGGUUCUGGAUCGUUUACCAACUAAAAACAGGCUUAUUGCGUUUGGGUUGCAGGUCGAUGGCUUGUGCGUCCUCUGUAGACGUGUGAUGGAGUUCUGUGACCAAUUGUUUUUUCAAUUCGACUUCUCUAAAAAGGUUUGGGAGGAGAUUUUGCGCUUGUUCCAUUUGAACAGGAUGGUUAUGUGCUGGGAUUCGAAAUUUACGUGGGCUCCUAGGUUGCGAGCUAGAAUUAAGGAGACUGUCAGGUUAAGACUAGCUGGUAGGAAAGUCAGCAAAUUGGGAGAUGGCUAUAGUCAAAUUUGUUAUAGCUGGAACCUUGAGGAUUAG